AUGGCAGCUGCGCGCGCCAAAGCCGUGGCUGACCGCCACGCUGGCGCUGCGCUGCGCGUCGGCGUACAGAGCGUGGCAGAGUUCUCCACUGGCACAUCCAGCGCGCCGUCGGUGGCGGUGCCGCAGGGCUGCCGCCCAGGUUUCAGCACCGGCGCGACCGUCACGGAUGGCACCGCUCAGGCAGUUUGGCCGGUCUCCAUAAUGGGCGACCUGCACUUGGAGCCCGCGCAAAUGCGGCUGUUCGACGAGGCGCGGCGGCACCUGCGGGAGGCGAUGUCGGACGACGACGGCCGCCUGCUGCCGGGCGCGCGCGUGGUGCAGGUCGGGGACCUUGGGGGCUACAAGCACGGGCCAGGCACGCGUGCGUGCUUCGAGGGGGCUUUGGACUACCUCACUGGCUUUGAGGCGCCGUUCGGCGUCAUCACCGGGAACCAUGACCUGGAGGGUCACGAAUUUGAAACUGAUGAAGAAAACCUGGCGGCCUGGCGCAAGGUCUUCGGGCAGCGCCACUACUGGGUCUCGGAGCUGGGCCCUGCGCUGCUGGUGGGCCUGUCAACCGUGCGCUUCCGCAGCAACACGUUCAGCGUGCACGAGGUGUACGUUGACGACGAGCAGGUUGCCUGGUUCGAGGCGCUGCUGGCGGCGCACCCGGGGCGGCCGGUCGUGGUGUUCACGCACGCGCCGCCGAUUGGCAGCGGGCUCAAGGUGGUGCAGAACGUGCAUGUGAAGAACAGGUGUGCGUGGCUCAACCACAGUGACCGGCCGGCCAGGUUCAUCCGCCUGGUGGAGCGCUACCCCAACGUCCGGUUGUGGUUCAGCGGCCACUUCCACCUGGCGCAGAACUAUCCUGACAGCAUCACCUCUGUCGCCAGCUGCGCCUUCGUCCAGACCGGCGUCAUCGGCGAGUGCAACCGCGACGGCUUCCGCCAGUCGCGCCUGCUGCGCGUCACCACCGACGGCUACGAGGUGUGCACCGUCGACCACGGCGCCGGCGGCAGCGUGCGGCUCGAUCUCAGGCAGCUCUGGGACGACACGACGACGCCCAGGCCUAUGACAUCUGCAGAUGAGAUUGUGUGCGACCCUGACGCGGGCUGGCUGUGCAGCCAGCUGGACUGCGGCCUCAGCAGCAGCUUGGAGGAGCCGCGGCUGUCGGUGCCGGCCGCGACGACGUGGUUCGCGGCCGGCGCGGGGGUGCUGCUGGCGCUGCAUGAUGGGAAGCUGCUGGUUGAGUACGACGUGGAGACGCGGGCACCCAUUGGGCUGGUGGCAGACGCGUCAGGCAAGGAGGUGUCGCUCGUUGCGGCGGGCGGCGCGGCGCCGGCUGCCGAUGACGGCUCCGACGUUGAGGCAGUGCUGCUGCGGGACCGGGAGAGUGGCGAGGUGUCGCGGCUCGAGCGCAAUGAGUGGGGCAGCUUCUACCGCGUGUUCCAGCCCAACAAGUGGGCGGCCAAGCAGCGGGAGGCGCGGGAGCGGGCGCUCGCCGGGGCGGCAGCCGCGGCCGGCGCAGAGUGA